UGGCUGGCUUCUAUCCAUCUCUGCUGCCCACGACGCGAUCAAAAUAAAAAAUAAAAAUAAAUUCCACCGCCCCUACGCGCUUCCAGAGAUCGAAUCUUGCGGGAGGAGCUUGGGUUGGGGGGCGUGGAAGGGUCGAAAAUCUCUGGGACGCAUUGCGGGGCGGGGACUUCCUUCCAGGUUGGCCCGUGACGGAGAGGAGCCAAGACGGCGGCGGUAACGGCGGCAGCGGUGGCGGCGGCGGCGCCGCCGCCGUCGCGGAGUGGGGGAGGCGGAGACGGAGGUGGGUGCCUGGAUUGUCUGCAGGAUGUGGUGCAUGCACUGUCGAUGGGGUCGUGUCUCACGGCGGCGGAGCGUCGGGCCAUGGAGGGGGCGACUGCGCCGGUGAAAGGAGAAGGGGGCAGGAGGAGGGAGGAGGAGGCGCCCGGGAGGAUAGCGGGGAGCGGGGCGGGGAAUGUGGCCUGCCUGUUCACGCGGCAGGGGAGGAAGGGCACCAACCAGGACGCCAUGGUCGCGUGGGAGAAUUAUAAUGGAAGAUCAGACACGGUUUUUUGUGGAGUUUUUGAUGGUCAUGGCCCACAUGGCCAUCUCAUUGCCCGGAAAGUAAGAGAUAUUCUCCCUUCAAGACUGUGUGAUUUGAUAUAUGAAGACUAUGGGGAUAGUCCAACCAGCAAUUCAGACGUCUCAACUCUGGAAGAGAAUUUAUCUCCAUACGCAGAUGCGGAAUGCAGGUCUCCCACAUUGGCUGGACAUAAAGAACAUCAAGAAUUCUACAACGCAAUGAAAGAAUCUUUCCGAAAGGCUUUUAAAAAUGUGGAUAAGGAGCUCAAAUUACAACGGAACAUAGAUUGCAUUUGCAGUGGAACUACUGCUGUUACUUUAAUCAAGCAGGGCCAUGAUCUUAUUGUUGGGAAUCUAGGUGACUCUAGAGCUGUAUUAGGCACCAGAGAUCAGAAUGAUAAGUUGAUUGCACAUCAGUUGACUGUUGACCUGAAACCAGAUCAUCCAAGGGAGGCUAGGAGGAUCAGACGGUGUAAUGGGAGGGUCUUUGCCCAUCAAGAUGAACCAGAUGUGGCUCGCCUUUGGCUUCCUAACUGCAACUCUCCUGGCCUGGCAAUGGCCCGAGCUUUUGGCGACUUCUGUCUAAAGGACUUUGGGCUCAUCUCAGUACCUGAUGUCGCAUAUAGGCGAAUCACCGAAAAGGACGAGUUCAUUGUCCUUGCAACGGAUGGGGUGUGGGAUGUUCUGUCCAACCAGGAAGUGGUGGAUGUUGUUGCCUCAUGCUCUGGCCGUUUUACUGCAGCUCGUUCUGUUGUUGAUUUAGCAAAUGAGACUUGGAGGUUCAAAUACCCAACCUCAAAAACUGAUGAUUGUGCAGUGGUCUGUCUUUUCCUGAACAAGUAUGAUGUUGCCAGUGGUUUAUCAGGGCACCCUGGAUAUAAUCCAAGGAUACCUGCCCUAUCGGGUAAUACCCAGCCCAAUAGUAAAAGGGUUACUCCCGUAGAUGCUGAUGAUGGGAGUGACUCGAAUGUAAGCGGAGAUGAGAGGUCCUUGGAUGGCUUUACUCGAUUGAACACUCUGGUGGCACUGCCAAAGUUUGGUGACACAAGUCCGACCAAGAAAUGAUUUGGUAAGCAGAUGAUUAUUCCCUGAUGCUUUGGACAGGAGAGCAUAUCGGCUAUAUUAGCAUGUCCGGUGAGCUCCCGUUCUGAUCAUCAGCUUACCAUAUCUAAGAAUGAGUAGGGUUGUUUUUUCUUUUAAUCCUAACUCCCAUUUGGUUACAAGUUGACGAUUUCGCAGCAUGCGUUUGGAGUCCAACUCUUAUUUUGUGUAGAGUUGACUUUGCCUUUUUGUAUGGCUGCUCAUCCAUUUUCUGUCAAACAAUGUAUGUGCUCGGUGGUUAUAUGUGGACAAAUCCUGCUCAUUUCUGAUGAUAUAUUUAUUCGUCAGAUUAUGACAUUUAUUGA